UCGGCCCACGUAAGUUAAGCGCGCUCUUCCGUGCGCUUCACUUUAAAUCCUCGCAUCGCGUCUAGAUCGCACGCAGCGGCUGCCGAGCCCUGUCAAAAUGCCGGCCAAAGUAGCACCCGCUGAGACGGCCACAUGCGCGAGGACGGCUUCCUCCGAAGACGGUGUCAAACUGAAGAAGGACAUCGGUCUCCUUGACGGUGUGGCCAUCAUCGUCGGCGUCAUCAUUGGCGCGGGUAUCUUCGUCUCCCCGAAGGGUGUCCUGCUCAACAGUGGCAGCGUCGGCCUGGCCAUCAUAGUAUGGGUUUUCUCCGGAUUGCUCUCCCUCAUCGGAGCCCUCUGCUACGCCGAACUCGGAACGAUGAUACCGAAGUCAGGUGGUGAUUACGCAUACAUUGGCGAUGCGUUUGGACCGCUACCUGCAUUCUUAUAUUUGUGGGUAGCUUUGUUCGUAUUGGUACCAACUGGAAACGCUAUUACUGCACUAACGUUUUCACAAUACAUCUUGCAACCGGUAUGGCCGACAUGCGAACCUCCUUAUGUUGCAGUGCGCUUGCUGGCUGCAACAAUCACGUGUCUUCUGACUGCCAUUAAUUGUUACAAUGUCAAAUGGGCAACAAGAGUACAAGAUAUUUUUACAGCCACCAAAAUAUUCGCUCUAGUGAUAAUUAUCAUUGCUGGACUUUGGUGGCUCUGCUUAGGAAAUACGGAAAAUUUCCAAAAUCCAAUGGAAGGAACCAAUACACAGCCGGGUUACAUGGCAUUGGCAGUUUACUCCGGGCUAUUUUCCUAUGCUGGCUGGAAUUAUCUUAAUUUCAUUACAGAAGAACUGAAGGACCCUCACAAGAAUCUUCCUAAAGCAAUAUGCAUUUCGAUGCCCUUGAUUACCGUUAUCUACGUUCUCACUAACGUAGCCUAUUUUGUAGUCCUGACACGACCUGAAAUUUUGGCUUCAAGCGCCGUUGCAGUUACAUUCGGUGAUAAAGUACUGGGGAUGAUGGCUUGGACCAUUCCCGUUUUUGCAGCUUGCUCGACCUUCGGGGCACUCAACGGUGCGAUAUUAGUAUCGUCGAGACUCUUUUUCGUUGGUGCUCGUAAUGGUCAUCUACCGACUGCUAUAACUCUCAUCAAUGUUAAAAACCUAACACCCAUGCCUUCACUUAUCUUUCUUUGCAUCAUUACCCUAGCUCUUCUGGUAAUUGAUGAUGUUUAUGCGCUUAUCGAUUACGUGAGCUUUGUUGAAGCACUAUUUACUACUCUUUCAAUAUCUGGCCUCUUAUGGCUAAGGUACAAAAAACCUGAUCUUCAUCGGCCCAUCAAAGUACCUAUUCUGUUACCCAUCACAUUUUUCCUAAUCUGUGCAUUUUUGGUAACAUUGCCAUGUUAUGUCUCGCCGUGGGAAGUAGGCAUGGGUGUUAUCAUUAUUUUAUCGGGUAUCCCCGUUUACUGGAUUUUAAUAUACCAAAAGAACAAACCUCAGUGGUUCGUCCAUGCUUCACACAAAUUCACUAUGACUUGUGCUAAAAUGUUCAUGUGUGUGGAAGAAGAUAAGAGCGAUUGAGAAUAUUUAGUAGGAAGUCGUCAAGGAAGCUGAUGAAUAUUGAAAAAGUAGUCGCAAAACUACGUAACCGAUUACAGCGGAGAUUUAAAGCAAUGAAUGAUAUUCGAGAACUAUUUUGAUAGAUGACCUUUAAAGACAAGUGCAACUUCUUGAAUACAAUAAGGAAAUUUGAAGAAAUGACAUUUAAUUGUCUUUAGAAGAAUGCGGUACAUUAAAUUUUCAAUGCUGUCAUAAUGACCAUAACGAUAAAUAUGGCAUAUUUAAUGACUCUAUAUAGUUUACAAAAAUAUUCAAUAACUGUAUGAGUACAAAAUUUAUAGUUCAACGUAGUCUCAAAAAUUUGUCUUGAGAUACUAAUGACAAUGCCUUGAGAAAGCAACAAACAUUAAAAUAAUGGAAAUUUGGGUUAUUUAUAAGUACUACUAAAAUCUGAAUUAUAUUUUAUACGAUCUAGCAAUAGAACUUAUCAAUUAUAAAACAAAGGAAAGAAAAUAAUAUAUAUAUAUAAAGAAAAGGAACAAACAAAUAUGUUACAUCACACAUGAUUAUAUAUACAUAUAAUGUACUUUCUUAAAUUCAAAUAUGGUUUAAUGUUAAAUUUAAAAAAAUGAUUGGAGUAAUUUUUUUCUCUCUUUUCUAAUUUCCAUUGUGCCUUUAAAUACAUAUUGAGUAGAGUUGUGAUACCUAUUUUGACAAUCUGAAUAUUUAGGCCGGAAUGGAUCUAAAGGUGGGCAUUUAUAGAAACGUUUGUAAUAUGAUGCUGAUACAUCGAUAGCAUAUUCUGAAAAUAUUUAAAAAAUAAAACAACACAGAAAGCAAUUCUAAGUGAGGAUAAUGUGGAAAUAUUUUAUGAAGAUAAAUGUACAGGUUUAAGACAAAUUUUUUGUUAUGGCUGAAUACUUACGAACACUGUAGCAGUUAAAGAGCCAGAUUUUGUCGUCACAAAUGUACAUUACGUGAUAAACCUGAGAAAAAAUAAAGAGCAACAUCACACUAUCACUGUACAAACUGAGAAAAGCUGAUUGAUUGAUCAACUACUGAAUUAUUGCCUAAUGCACAACUGUAUUUAGCUUACUUAUUUGUUCUAAAAAUGUAAUAUAUUUACAACAUACGUAAUUACAUGAAAGAAUGACGAUCAUGUUUUUGUUGCCAUUCAAUGCGCUGUACAUUUACCCAUCUACCCACUUAAUAUAUUACAAUAAAAAAUAUUAUUUUUAUGAAAAGGUGUUACACAAGAAAUACACGACGUAUAUACAAUUUUAAUGUAGCUCAAUUUGUAUCCACAAAUGCAACUGGGAUAUUAAUUAAUAUUUAUUUGGCACGUAAUUUAUAAUACUACGUAUUGUAUCUAAUAAACUAUAUUUUACUGAAACUAA